AUGAGUUCAAACAGACUGUCUAAGAUAUUAAACCGUAAAAAUAUUAUAGACUUGAUAGCAGAUGGAAGAGCAAUCAUUAUUUAUAAGAAGUACGUGUUAGAUUUGACAUCAUGGUUGUCGAAACACCCAGGUGGAGAUAAAGCUGUUCAUCAUAUGAUUGGAAGAGAUGCUACAGAUGAAAUGCACGCAUAUCAUAGUUUGGAAGCUGUUCGGUCGUUUAAAUAUUGGAAAAUUGGAGAAAUUAAUUAUUAUUGGGAGAAUUUGUUACCACCAAUCCAAGGUGCAGUGUAUCCUUAUAACGAAGAAAAAGCAAAUAAUUUGUCCACGUUGGAAAGUAAAAUUGAUGAAUCAAGCACAGAUGCUUCUGAUUAUGAAUUAGUCUCUUCAGCAAGUUCUUCGAAUUCGAUUGACUUAAGCGAAGCGAAAUCAAGUUUAUCCCAGAGCAAAGAGGAAACAGUGGUUUCGUAUAAAGGAUUAGGAUACCCAAAAGGAUACGUAAAGCCUAAAGUAUCUCAAAAUGUAUCUGUGAUAGACACAAAUAACAAGGACGAAAUCUUUCCUAUUUCAACUGAUCAGACUAUUAUAGACCCUAAAAUACUCGUAGCUAAUUAUGAUAAUGCAUUAUCUCAGAAAGAUGUAUUGAGUAUGCCUGCAUUGGAUUAUAAAACACAACAAGCUUUACGAGACAAGUAUAAUGAGUUACAUGAGAUAAUAGUAAAGAAUGGCUUUUACCAAUGUGAUUAUUGGCUGUAUGUUCGAGAAAUGGUUAAAAUUGGAAGUUUAUUCCUUUACUCCUUUUCAUUUUUCAAAUUAAAUUAUUUAAAAUUAAGUGCUUUGUUUAUGGGAAUCGCAUGGCAACAGAUGACGUUUAUUGCACACGAUGCUGGCCAUGUUUCUAUCACGCAUAAUUAUCAGAUAGAUAAUCUAUUUGGAAUGGUAAUUGCUGACUGGUUCGGUGGCCUUAGUUUGGGAUGGUGGAAGAGAAACCAUAAUGUUCAUCAUUUAAUUACUAAUGACCCAGUGCAUGAUCCAGAUAUUCAGCAUUUACCUUUCUUUGCUGUCAGUGUUAGAUUAUUUGAAGAUGUUUAUUCGACAUAUUACGAAAAAUAUUUACCUCUAGAUGCAGUGGCUAAAAAAAUGAUCCAGAUACAAGAAUAUUUAUAUUAUCCUAUAUUAUGUUUUGGAAGAUUCAACUUAUAUAGAUUGUCAUGGCUGCAUUUAAUUUUCGGCGAUGGACCUCGCCACGGAAAAGCUGCUUGGUUCAGAUACUUCGAGUUAGCAGGAUUAUCAUUUUUCUUUUAUUGGUUUUUCUACUUAAUCGUUUUCAAGUCAAUUGAUCUGAAAUGGGAUAGAUUUGCGUAUGUUAUGAUUAGUCACAUAACUACCAUGCUAGUACACGUUCAAAUCACAUUAUCACAUUUUGCAAUGUCCACAUCAGAUUUAGGAGUUAGCGAGAGCUUCCCUCUGAGACAACUUAGAACUACUAUGGAUGUUGAUUGUCCUGAAUGGUUAGAUUUUCUUCAUGGUGGGUUACAAUUUCAGGCAAUUCAUCACCUAUUCCCACGAUUACCAAGACAUAAUUUUAGAAAGGUUCAACCGUUUGUUAUAGAUUUUUGUAAAGAUGUUGGGUUACAUUAUUCUAUCUAUGGCUUUGGCGAAGGAAAUGAUUUAGUUCUUGGAAAAUUGGGUGAAAUUGGUACUCAAUGUAGCAUUAUGCUAGAUGCUACAAAACAAUUAAAGAACAGUGAUCACUGA